CGAGGGGGGAAAGUGAAAACCAGCCUUAUCUACAUCGCUCAAAUAGCAGUGGAACACAGAGCGAGUGAGCUCAACCCAAACGAAACGAAGAUGAUGAGCUUAAGCCCUAUCUCUAUUGCCUCCUCACCUUCACCCGCCACAUUCACUCCAAAGCUUUUCUCUCCAUUCCCAAACUCUUCCUCUUCCUUCUUCAAUGGCGGACUCAGACUCCAACACGCCUAUCCCCUUCGUCUUCCCCUCCUCCGCUCCCCAAGGAAGCCUUCGUCGGCGGUGAUGAUGGCGAAGAAAGACGAGGAACUCAAGGAAAUCCGAUCCAAGACAACCGAACAGAUCAACGAGGAGAUUAUCGAUCUCAAGGGUGAUCUCCUCAUGCUCCGCCUCCAGAAAUCUUCUCGCAACGAGUUCAAGUCCAGCGAGUUCCGUCUCAUGCGCAAAAAGAUUGCUCGUAUGCUUACCGUUAAACGGGAAAGAGAACUUGAGGAGGGAAUCAAUAAGCGACUGUCCAGAAAGCUUGAUCGGAAAUGGAAGAAAAGCAUUGUUGUAAGACCACCCCCGUCCUUGAAGAAGUUUAAAGAGGAAGCAGAAGCUGAAAGAAAAGCUGAGCAAUCUACCUAGACCAUUUGUCUCCGGUGACUUUCAUGUGGUAUGCCAAUUGAGAAAAAGACCAUAACAUAACGUGGUAGAUUUAUGGUUUGUAUUGUUUUGAGUUCAUAUUCCAGACCAUUUUUUGUGUAUAAUGCUUUGUUCUUUGGUAGUCGACUGAUUUGUUUUUCUUUUUCCAUUUUUUCCCAAUAGUUCCCUUUACAUCUUCUUUGCAAACCUACACGGAAGUACAAAUUGUUGGUUUAUUCAAUGAAAUGAAGAGCGCAUGUGUUGGUAUA